AUGAAAUGGCAUACCGCGUCAGUACUGGGCAUCGCUGCGAUUGCCCAGGCAGCCCAAGUGCACUUCUCCCUCGACUUAACGUGGGCCGUCGGCAGUCCCAAUGGAUUCGAGCGCGAGAUGAUCUUCGUCAAUGGCCAGUUUCCUGGUCCCGCGCUGGUGUUGGACGAAGGAGACGACGUGGUGAUUGAUGUGACCAACCAUCUCCCAUUCAACACGUCGAUUCACUAUCACGGCAUUGAGCAAAAAGGCACCCCAUGGGCCGAUGGAGUGGCCGGUCUCUCGCAAUGGGCCAUUCAGCCUGGGCAAUCCUAUACAUAUAAAUGGACAGCAGACACCUACGGAACUUACUGGUACCAUGCGCACGAUAAAUCCGCCAUCAUGGACGGCCUAUACGGAGCCAUCUACAUCAGACCACGCAAAGACCGCGAUUCCCCCUUUGCCAUGAUCUCCGAUGAUCCCUCCGAUAUCAAAGCGAUGAAACGGGCAGAGCGAGACGGUCAGCUGGUCGUGCUGUCAGACUGGGACCAUCUCACCUCCGAGGAGUAUAUGGGUGCCCUUCGAUCCACGGGAUACGAUAUCUUCUGCACUGAUAGCGUUCUCAUCAAUGGCCACGGGUCCGUCUUUUGCAACGACCCCGAAGUCCUGACCCGCCUGCUUCCACCACCAGUCGCGAGGGUUGUCAACGGCACAUUGACUGACAAAGGGUGUCUUCCCUUUGUCCGCCCCCUACAAGGCGAUUGGGAACACCAUCCUGAGAAGCUUCCACCCGGUCUCAACGACGGUUGCAAGCCCAGCACCACGCAGGAUGCGAUCUUCAGGGUCAAUGCAGACGACCGAUGGGCCAGCUUCCACGUCAUCAGUGCGGCCAGUCUCAAGGUCCUGGUCCUCUCCUUCGACGAACAUCCCAUGUACGUCUACGAGGUGGAUGGCCGGUAUAUCGAGCCCCAGCUAGCACACAGCAUGACCCUGUACAACGGCGAGCGCUACUCGGUCAUGAUCCAAUUGGACCGGGAACCGGCCAACUACAAGGUUCGCGUGGCCAACAGCGCUGGAAAUCAAAUCAUCUCGGGCUUCGCGACAAUGUCUUACCGCGGCGGCGAGCUCAGCCUGCGCGCAUCGCAGCCGUACAUCGACUACGCCAGCGCCAAUGUCACCGCCGAUGUUGUGCCUUUGAACACAGAUCAGCUUCCCCCGUACCCAGCCAUCACCCCGGCUGCUGUUGCCGACGACUUCCACCUCCUCACGCUGCGCCGCAUCAACAGCGCCUGGCAGUGGACGCUCGACGGCACGACUUUCCUGCCUGGAAACCUCGGCGCCUUGUCGCCCGCCAUCCUAGACCCGCAAGCCCCGGAGCUCGCGUCGGCGCUCAAGAUCAGCACCAAGAACAACACGUGGGUCGACAUUGUCUUUCAGCUGCAAGUACAGGAUCCCACCCCCGUGCAGCCGCCGCACCCGCUGCACAAGCAUUCGAACAAAGCCUUUAUCCUCGGCAACGGGCUGGGCAAGUUCCAGUGGGGGUCCAUCGAGGAAGCCAAGCAAGCCAGUCCGAAUAGUUUCCUCAAGACGCCCAUCUACCGCGAUACGUUUGUGACGUCGCCGCGCGGAGAGGCUUGGACGGCGAUUCGGUAUCAUGUCGAGAACCCCGGUCCGUUCCUGCUACACUGCCAUAUGGAGACCCAUUUGGCGUCGGGAAUGGGCUUGGUGCUGUUGGACGGGGUGGAUGCGUGGCCAGCGGUGGAUGCGGAACAGAUCACGCCUGUAUAG